AUUCGUUUUGUGCGGUACACCAACACUAAUCACACGUCGAAGUUUUUCAUCUUUUUUCGGUGCUUUUCUCUUGUAGAGUGAAAUUGCAUUUAAUUAAUUUUUAUAUUUGUUUUACUCCUUUUAUUUCUAUCUUAUAAGUUGAAUUAAAAAGACAGUGAAAAUGUCUACAAGAACAAAUACCAUUCAGCACAAUACCAGUGGUAGUGCCAAGUCUUCAUCAAUCAAGGAAAUUUGCAAUAGAGCUUUAACAGCAAAAUCUGAAUGGCCGGAUAAGGAUGAAUUUUUGGAUGUUAUCUAUUGGUCACGUCAGAUUUUUGGCAUCAUUUUAGGAGUAAUCUGGGGCAUCGUACCACUCAAAGGUUUUUUGGGUUUAGUUUUAUUUGCCGGUAUCAGUUGUGGUGUCGUUUACUUAUAUGCCAUUAAUUUUCAAAAUAUUGACGAGGAAGCUUAUGGAGGUGCAUGGGAAUUGAUCAAAGAAGGAUUUAUGACAUCGUUUGCCGGUUUUCUAGUAACGUGGAUAAUUUUUUAUACCGGCCUUCAUUACGAUGUCAUAAUGGAAGCCAAAGGACGUUAGUCUAUAUAUUACGAAGCAAACAACUAAUAAAACAAGCAAUUUACAAACAUAGAUGAAUACCUAUAAAUAUUAGAUAAUAUAAAUUGAUCCUGAUUCUUCUUUUGUCCAUUUAAAGCAAACGAAUGAUUCCUUACGCAACAAAGAAAUUAACUUUAAAGUUUAAACAAACAAAAAACCAAAUUUUUCAUAAAAUGUAUAAUUUAUGCUAAAUUAUUUUAUUUUUGUAUCAUACACUUGUUUCUUAAUUUGUAAGCAUUUUAGCUUGUUUAUUUGUAUUUGUUUCUUUUUUGUCUAAGAACUACAAAUUCCUCUUCUAAUAUAGCCAAUAUAUAAAUACUUACUACUCCACUUGAGAAAUUCUUUAUUUUUCUAUGAAAAAUUUGGAAGAAAUAAAAUUGUUUAUUUUAAAAUAAAAAAA